AUGCAGCCGAAAGGGAAUUCUCUAGAGGAUACCCUAAAAGCUUUUAUGGACGCGCAAAAUAAGACGAAUCAAAGGGUUGAUUCAAUGCUCACGCAGCUGGUGGAAGAGAACAAGGAAAUAAAAAGCCAGAUCACAAAGCUGAUAGAAGCUUUAACCGUUCAAGAGCGUGGUAGAUUUCCAUCACAAGCCCAGUCUAAUUUGAGAGGAACAAACAUGGCUCAAACUUCCAACUCUGAAGGUCAAAAUAUCAAAGAAGUUAACGUCAUCACUACUCGAAGUGGUAAGAAUUCAGACACGCCAUCAACAAGUACUACCACUUUGAGUAAUGAAGAAUCGGUUCAGGAGAAAGAAGAGCCAACAAAAACUCUGAUAAAGGUGCCUUUCCCUCAGGCUAUCCGACCUGCUGGGAAAGUGCCGGAAAACCAAAGUGAGAUCCUGGAGCACUUGACACAAUUGAAGAUCAAUCUUCCCUUACUACAUGUGAUCAAGCAAGUGCCGGCCUACGCCAAGGUUAUAAAGGAUCUGUGCACUAUAAAGAGAAAGCACCAUGUCAAGAAGACUGCAUUCUUGACAGAACAAGUGAGUGCGGUGAUUGAGCAGAAGACACCGCUGAAGUACAAAGAUCCUGGUUGUCCCACCAUUUCCUGCACCAUUGGGACACGCGAAUUCAGCCAAGCAUUGUUAGACCUAGGAUCGAGUGUUAACCUCAUGCCUUAUUCAGUCUACUCACAAUUAGGUCUUGGAGAUAUUAAGCCCAUAUCUGUGGUUUUGCAACUGGCCGAUCGAUCUAUUAAGAGACCACGAGGAAUAGUGGAAAAUGUGUUAUUGCAAGUUGAUAAGUUCUACUAUCCUGUGGAUUUUGUUGUUUUGGACACUCAGUCAGUGGUUGAUGUGGAGUCAAAAAUCCCGAUCAUCCUUGGAAGACCAUUCCUCGCGACAACAAAUUCUCUAAUUAAUUGUAGAAAUGGUCUAAUGAAGAUCUCUUUUGGGAAUAUGACUCUCAAGGUAAAUAUUUUCAACAUUGUAAAACAACCACAAGGUGAUGACGAGUGUCACCAAACAUUCCUGAUCGACACACUUGUCGAGGAGGAGCUUCUGUUACAAAGCAACUCUGAAGAUCUUGAAAUUCUCCUCCAAAAUUCUAAAUCUGAAAGUUCCGGUCCUUCAACUGUGUUUGAGGAACUUCCGCAAGGGAGAGAGAAACCAAAGCCUUCCAUCGAAGAAACCCUUACAGUGAAACUUGCUCAACUACCUGAAGGAUUAAAACAUGCAUUUUUGGGAGUCGGCGAUGCCUUUCCUGUUAUCAUUUCUUCCAAACUCGAUGCAUCACAAGAGCGGCGGUUGAUCAACAUGCUGCAAAAGCAUAGAUCGGCAUUGGGUUGGACGAUUGCUGACAUUAAAGGGAUCAGUCCUUCGAUCUGCUCCCAUCAUAUUCAUGUGGAAGAAGGAGCUAACCCGCGAAGAGAUCCUCAAAGAAGAUUGAAUCCAACAAUGAAAGAAGUGGUGAAGAAUGAGGGUCUCAAGCUAUUAGAUGAUAGCAUCAUUUAUCCUGUUGCUAACAGCAAGUGGGUUAGUCCGACCCAGGUAGUGCCAAAGAAAUCGGGGGUCACUGUGGUGGAAAAGGAGAAAGGGGCUCUAGUUCCCACAAAGGUCGUGACUGGAAUCGAGGUUGACCGCUCUACGGUUGAACUCAUUUCCAACCUGCCCACCCCCAAGGCUGUUAAAGAUGUCCGAUCUUUUCUGGGGGACGCCGGAUUCUACAGGAGGUUCAUUCAGAAUUUUUCAUCUAUAGCGAGACCGCUAAGCAACCUCCUAGCAAAAGAUGUUGUGUUCAACUGGACACAAGAGUGUGAGGAUGCAUUCCGAACACUCAUCGUAAAACUGACUUAUGCCCCUAUUAUGCAGUUACCAGAUUGGAGCUUACCUUUCGAGAUCAUGUGUGACUUAAGUAACUACGCUGUGGGGGGCGUUCUUGGUCAACGGAGGGAGGGGAAGCCUUUCGUUGACUACUACGCAAGCCGUACUCUGAAUAGUGCUCAAAUGAACUACUCUACUACUGAAAAAGAGUUGCUUGCUGUAGUAUUUGCUUUCGACAAGUUUCGUGCAUAUCUGAUUGGUUCACCUAUCACCAUCUUCACAGAUCAUGCCGCCCUUAAGUACAUUCUCUCCAAAAAGGAUGCUAAGGCGUAUUUAAUUAGGUGGAUCCUUAUCCUGUAGGAAUUUGACUUGACAAUCAAGGACAAGAAGGGAGUCAAAAAUGUGGUGGCGGACCACUUAUCUCGUAUUGAAUUUAAUGAUUCCGCUGAAAUUCCUGCUAUUAGAGAUGACUUCCCCGAUGAACAUCUCUUCGCCGUCACUAAGAUGCCAUGGUAUGCGAACAUUGUUAACUACUUGGUGACGGGUGAGAUUCCAUCUACCUGGGGUGCACAAGACAAAAGGAAGUUUCUGGUCGAGGUUCGUAACUUUUAUUGGGAUGACCCCUAUCUUUUUAAGUACUGCCCCGACCAGAUCAUAAGACGAUGCAUCCCAGAUGAUGAAGUGUCUAGUGUCCUGAACUUUUGCCACAACGAUGCAUGUGGCGGUCAUUUUUCUAUGAAGAAGACCGCCGCGAAAAUCUUGCAGUGUGGUCUCUAUUGGCCCACUUUAUUCAAGGACACCAAUGACUUCUGUCGUUCCUGUGAUAGGUGCCAAAAGCUAGGUGCUUUGUCCCGUCGCCAUAUGAUGCCCUUGAACCCGAUUCUCGUAAUGGAAAUAUUCGAUUGCUGGGGGAUAGAUUUUAUGGGACCAUUUCCACCUUCUUAUGGAUUCCUCUACAUACUCCUCGCUGUGGAUUACGUGUCUAAGUGGGUAGAAGCCGUGGCGUGCCGGAACAACGAUAACACUACUGUUGUAAAGUUCUUAAAGGAAAAUGUGUUAUCUCGAUUUGGAACGCCGCGUGCCAUCAUCAGUGAUCAAGGCACCCAUUUCUGCAACCGUUCUUUUGAGGCUCUGAUGCGUAAGUACGGUGUGGUUCAUAAAGUUUCAACUGCCUAUCACCCACAGACAAAUGGCCAAGCUGAGUUGGCCAAUAGGGAGAUUAAGCAAAUUCUAGAAAAGACGGUUAAUCCCAAUCGCAAGGAUUGGUCUCUGCGCCUUCCGGACGCACUUUGGGUAUACCGCACUGCUUACAAAACCCAACUUGGGAUGUCUCCCUACAGGCUUCUCUUUGGAAAAGCUUGUCAUCUACCUGUAGAGCUCGAACAUAAGGCUUAUUGGGCUACCAAGGCCCUCAACUUCGAUCUCAGCGCUGCAGGUGUCAAUCGGAAGCUCCAGCUUUCCGAAAUCAAGGAGUUAAGGAACGAUGCCUAUGAUAAUUCCAGGAUCUACAAGGCAAAAAUGAAAGCGGCUCAUGAUAAGCAGAUCCUGAGGAAGAACUUUGAGCCGAAUCAGCGGGUUCAUCUCUAUGAUUCCCGUUUGCAUCUCCACCCCGGUAAGUUGAGGUCGCGGUGGACUAGCCCGUUCGUAGUGAAAUGCGUUUUUCCCAAUGGUGCUGUCGAGGUUGAAGACCCAACCGAUGGGAGAAUUCUUAAAGUAAAUGGCCAGCGUCUGAAAAAUUACUUAGAGCAUGUGGACCAGGUUGAAGAGAUCAUUCUCGACGACCCCGUUUACCAGCCUUGA